UUGCGUUGUAGCUUCUUCUGCUAUUUAAAAAAAGGAUUAAAAAAAAAGAAUUUCGUGUGCUGAUGAAAUAUUGUAAAUAUUGCAAGGGAAAAAAUAGAGUUGAAGCUAAAUCUUGGCUUGAUGAAGAGUUUCUGGGGUCUGCACUAGGAAAAUCAACGAUCAUCGAUUGGUAUGAUGACUUGAAUUAAAAUUGUUAUGGCUGAAAACGUAAGAGUUAUUGUACGAUGUCGGCCUAUGAACAGAAGAGAGAGAGAAUCAAACUGCAAGUGUUGUGUAAAAUGUCACGACUGCAUGGUGGAAAUUUGGGAUCCAAGCGAAGGACCAGCUUUUCCCAAACAAUUCACAUUCGACUACACUUACGACGAAAACUCUACUACUGAAAUCAUCUACAACGAUAUUUGCUACCCGUUAGUAGAGAGCAUCUUGGAGGGUUACAAUGCCACAAUAUUCGUCUACGGCCAAACAGGGUGCGGCAAGUCACAUACGAUGGAGGGAAACAAAAAUUCGGAACCUCCUGACAAAGGUGUUAUCUCCAGAGCCUUUGAACAUAUCUUCGAAGCCAUAGCUGUAACUACAGGUGUUAAAUAUUUAGCUAUAAUUAGUUAUUUGGAAAUUUAUAACGAACAGAUAAGGGACCUCCUUCUGCCGACUGAAAAGAUAUCAACCAAUUGUGCUCUAAGUCUGAAAGAAACACCUAAUGAGGGGGUAACAGUGCCAGGAUUAACAUCUCAUCCCGUCCACAAUGCGUCGGAGUGUGAAAAAUACCUCAGUAUUGGAUCCAAAAAUCGAAUGAUUGGGGCUACCCUUAUGAAUCAGAAUAGUUCGAGAUCUCAUAGUAUAUUCACAAUCAGUAUAGAGCAAAUAAGUGUGCAGAACAACAACGAGAGUAUCAGAAAAGGUAAACUGAAUUUGGUAGACUUGGCUGGUUCUGAGAGACAAGCUAAAACGGGUGCCACUGGUGAUAGACUCAAGGAAGCUACGAAAAUAAAUUUAUCCCUAAGUGCCUUAGGAAAUGUUAUUUCCGCCUUAGUAGAUGGUAAAGCCAAGCAUAUUCCUUAUAGGGAUUCAAAGCUUACACGAUUAUUACAGGAUUCCCUUGGAGGAAAUACUAGAACCCUAAUGAUAGCAUGCAUAGGUCCGUCAAGUAAGGAUUAUAUGGAAACUUUAUCAACUCUAAGAUAUGCAAAUAGGGCCAAAAAUAUAUACAAUAAACCAAAGGUCAAUGAGGAUCCAAAAGAUACCAUUCUUCGACAAUACCAAGAGGAAAUUGAGAGGCUCAAAAAUCUACUGGAAACAAAAACAAUAACAGAAAGUACAACAAAUUUUAAAGACAUUCCAAUAAUUGCGGACAUGGAAGUAAACGAGAAUGUGCAGUUUAACACUGAUUUGGAUACAAAAAGAGACGAACUAAUAAAAGAAUACGAGGAAGAAAUGAAGAAACUUAAGAACCUCCAUGAAAAUGAAAAAAAUGAGAAAGAGAACAUCUUAAAGCAAAUUGAACAAAUAAAGAUUGAGUACGAGAAGAAUCUGAAUGCUAUGAAUCAGCAGAUGAAGCUUAAAAAAGAGAAAGAUUUGGUUUCUGAAAAGGAAAUUUUGAAAAGGAUAGAAGAAUUGAAAGCUUCCAUGAUUGGAGGAGAGAAAGCGCAUGACCAUGAGCUUUCAGAAAGGAGGAAGAGGAAGAAAAGGGCAGCAGAGCAUCGAGCUAGUGUAAUCGCCCAUUUGCUAGCCAAAAUUGAUGAAAAUGAAGAUAGAGAAAUACUCCAAAAUCAAUAUAAAGAUAUAUCCCAGGAACUCAAUCUCAAAAGUGAGAUCCUCAGAAGGUACAAAUAUAAGGUGAAGACAUUGGAAAAGGAGAUAAAGGAUAUACAAGGUGAAUUUGAAACUGAGAGGCAGGACUAUUUGGAAUCGAUAAGGAAACAAGAAAGAAAGAUUACAUUAUUGUCUCAAAUAGCUGAUAAAAUAUCGACAACAUUGAAGAAGGAUUGUAAUUAUAGUGAUAUAGAUUCCAUCAAAGAACAAGCAUUAUGGCUGGAAGAAACUCAAAAAUAUAAACUUCCCGAAAUGGUUACACAUCGAACAAAAUUGCCAACACCAGGUAGAUUAGUCGACAUACAAACUGCUCCUGCACGUUUGAAUUCGUUCACAGAGGACGAAAAGAGUGGCAGAAAAUUAGAUGUUGAUACUAUAAUCGAAAAUUAUUUUCCACCAAGAAAAAGAGCUAAUGAGCUUUUGAACCAAUCUACCAAACUAGAUACUGCACAAGUCUUCAACACUUGGAGAGGUCAAAAAUCUGUUACAGAAUUCACUAAAAGAAAUAAAGCAAGAUCAACCGAUCACCUGAAUACUAUAAUAGUAUCUUCGCCAAAUAGACACCGGGGCGGUUUACCGAGAAGUUUGAAUGGUUUGAAUAGUUUAUGGCUAAAUGGUACAUCAAAACUGCCAUAUGAAAGUAACAUGAAGAAACCUUUGCAACUUGAAGCCCUUCCAAACAUAAACCAAGCUAAAAACGGAACUAUUAGCUCAUUUGAAAUUAUUUGAUCGAAUAGCUAAAUAUUUUUAAGCUACUACUUGAGAUAAACAGCCAAGCCCACGCAUAAAUACUUACAGUUGUCAGCUGGAACGUGGAAAAGUUUGAGUUAAAUCAAACAUUGUGAUAUAUUUCAAAGAUUUCCAGUUCAUAUUUUUAGCAAGGAGGAAGUUCUUCCGUGAAAUAAUAAAAACAAAAUCAUAAAUGGCAAGCAAUCGUUUUUCAAUUCACACAAAAGAGAAAUAUAAUAUUGAAUAUAUAACUAUGUAUUGUUAAUUCAAUUAACAAGUAUUGUUUGAAAUAUUUUGAAGUGUGAUGUUUGAAUAAUUGUUCAAUAAUGUAUUUUAUGAUAAUAAAACUUGUAGAAUAAUGA